GUCAUUUUCUCAGAUACACUUUUUUUUUCAAUUACCAUGGCGGACAACCAUUACGAUAAUUAUCUUGAGGAUCUCACUCUCUCUAUUGGCAAAGUGCAAUUAAAAGGUUUCGUCUCAAAGCAAGGCAUCGCGAAUUUCCUGAAUAUACCUUACGCACGCGUCCCCGUACGAUUCAGAACUGCGGUACCUAUCUUGAUCUCUGCCCAUAGCAGAUGCCUUGAUGUAUCUCGCUACGGUCCGAGAUGUCCACAGAAAGCUGAUGGACUUCAAGCUUCCAUUGCGCACGUGUUUGAGAAAACAUCGUUAUCGCGGGCACCAGAUGAAACGAAUUGUCUUCACUUGAAUAUUUACGCCCCUCAGGCAACAACUUGCUUAAAUGCUACCUCAAAUUUGCCCGUUUUUGUGUGGAUUCAUGGAGGCGCCUUUAACAUUGGGGACAAUAGCACUCAAUUUGAUGGAAAUUUUCUUGUAAAAAGAUCAUUGGAGAUUGGAAGACCUAUUAUCAUCGUGACGAUAAACUACCGUCUAAAUGUAUUUGGAUUUUUAUCAUCACGAGAGCUGAUUGAAGAAGCGAGGGGUCUAGGCGAGAAACCCAUAUCAAACCAAGGUCUCAAUGACCAAAGAAUUGCGCUUCGGUGGAUUCAAUCCUCAAUCCAUCAUUUUGGGGGUGAUGGUUCAAGGAUUACCGUUGCAGGAGAAUCAGCUGGCGCUGCAUCUGUCCUGUGUCAUCUGACAGGAGGACUGCCUCUCUUUCAACAAGCUCUUCUCCAAUCUCCUCCUGCUCCUCGAUUGCGGACGCCACAAGAGGCACAGACGGACUUUGAUGAUCUCGUUGAACAUGCUGGUAUUCCGUCCCAUGCUUCGGGCACCGAAAAGCUUGCGGCACUUCGAGGUCUCACUUCAGAGCAACUCGUGGAGAUUUUCGACGGGAGGCUCUCCUUUCCUAUCGAAGACUCUCACUGGUUUGUGGGUUAUGACCGAAAUAAUCAGGACCAGUCGACAUUCUGGGGUGAUAUUCCUACCUGGUGCAGCAGAAUUGUUUUUGGCAACACUCGAGAUGAAGCGGCAUUGCUUCUGGCACUUUCAACUAAUCUUCCGACACGAGAAGUGGUGGAAUUUUCGUGCGCGAUCAUGCCACAUAUACCUAUCCCUGACAGAAUAUUUAAGGAAGAAUGCACCCGGCAGGAGCUUGUCGCUUGGUCAACUAAGGAAGCAUUUAUCAAUCCCCUUCUAAAGGUCGUAUCUUCAGCUGCCAACAAAGGAAGUCGUGUCUACAUAUACAGGAUCGAUAGUACUGACCCGUUUCCUGGACCACUACAAGGAUUUGCUUGGCAUUCGUUCGGCAUACCAUUGACAUUCUACCAACCACCUUGCCGAGUCUAUCCCGAGCUUGCUUCAACCCAGGAUCAUAUGAGUGUCGCUUUCUUGGACUUUUUUCACGGGUUGAAGCCAUGGGAGGAGUUCAAUCAGGCACAACGUAUGAUAGUCUUCAAGGACAAAUCAACGACAAUGGUCACUAUUGAUGCGGCAGCAGUCAAAGAAAGAAAAAAGUCAGAUUAGAUGAAGCCUGUA